GUGUGGGCCGCGCAUGGGCAGCAAAGCGGCUGCAACGUCCGUACUUCAGAGGUUGGGAACCUUGCAGGUGUGCAAUGCUUCCGCUACAUGUGGAGAAUGAACGCCCAUCUUUCAUGCACUCCCCUUCGCUCUCGGAGUAUCUGCGGCGGAUGUUGCAUUACGCGCAGAUGGACAUAGACUAUACGUUCGCACAGAUGUUGUACUUGUGCAUAGCCCCCAGGAAAGUGUACCAGCUCACUUCCUACAGGAAGCAAACCAAGAAUCAAUGGGCCAGAGAUGAUCCGGCUUUUGUAGUGGUCCUGAUUUUUUUCCUCUCGGUCGUUGCCAUUGCGUAUGGUAUUGCCUUUGAAGCAGGAGGCACCAACUUCAUUCACAUUCUGGUGCGCUUCGUUUUUAUUCACUUCCUUCUCUUCGGCGUGGUGGUUUCCAGUGUGUCGUGGUUUGUGGCCAACAACUACAUGCGCGCGCAAUCCUUCCACGGAGUGGAACAAAAAAUGGAGUGGAUGUAUGCUUUUGAUAUUCAUUGCAACUCGUUCUUCCCUUUUUUCUUGGUCUUGUACGUCUUGCAUUAUCUUCUGCUGCCCCUGCUGUCGCAGAGCACAUGGUUGGCAGCCACCUUCAGUAACCUCCUGUACGCAGUGGCCACGUGCUACUACUUGUACAUCAUGUCUCUAGGGUAUAGCAUGUUGCCUUUCCUGGAACGGACCGAGGUAAUUUUGUAUCCAGCAGGUGUGGUGGUGCUACUUGCCUUCAUUCUGAGCAUCUUGGGGGUCAACCUAACUCACCUUUCCCUGCAGAACAUGGGCAUCUCAUGACAGCCGAGCCGAUGCCGACAAAACAAA